AUGCCGAGCUCUGUGGUCGGUGAGAUUCCCUGGCGCCGAGGCGACGUGGAGGUGCUGCACCAGUUUUUGCUGUCGGCACGGGACCGCGCGAGGGCAACGUGCAGCGGCGACAGGGGCGCUGAGCCCUCUCCAGCGCACACCUACAACGUUGAGAAGGAUUACAAUGCGGAUUCAGUGCGACCAUGCGACCGUUCCACUGGCGCCACAUCCGGCGUGGUGGACUCCCGACAAUCCAGUGCGGGCAGUGGGUACCGUAGGGACGUCUCCCACAAUCCCUUGCGCCACUUCUACUCGGCGCCGAAGCGGUCUAGGAAACGAGCGUCUCCAUCUUCGGACGAUGCCGGCGAGCGUCUGAGUUCUUGCGCGGCCAACAUUUGCAUCUUGAAGGGUCAGACUGGGUCCGGCAAGGUCAGCGCCGUACGCCGUCUGUGCAGCGAGAUCGGCUUGAAGGUCAUCGAAUACGACCCCUUCGAAAACGACGUGGUGUACAUGUCGGAUGGCCAGGCUCAAGACGCGUUCAGCGCCACCUUUUUGCGUUUUUUGGAUACCGUUCGUCGCAAGCCGGGUCUCCGUAUCUCACGCGAUGCGGGUUCGUUAAAAGCGCCCGCUGUUCAGUCUGACGCGUCAUCGCGCCGUUUAAAAUGCAUACGCAUGCUUUUUGGCGGCCGUAGAUCUCAGGGGGACGCUGACACCUUGCCAUCAAAAUCGCAGGAGGCUCACUUGAUUUUGCUGAAGGACCUUCCACGCACGGUGUUGUCGCCCAGCAACACGCCGUUUAAUCGCCGCGUACAGGAAAUAACGCGCAGCAUAUUGGAUGGCGACGGCUUCCAUGAAGGCCUGUCCAUGUAUCCACUGCUCAUCUGUGUCGACAACUCAAACAGCGACCGACGCCUGUUGCGCAGCAUCUUGCCUUACAACUACGAGAACCAUCCCCGUUGCAUGCGUCUCAACGUAGCCCAGAUUACCAGAGCCAAAACCAAGGCACUGCUAUUUCGCUUCCUUUCCGCGCUCGGCCGGCCGUGCAGCGCGUUUAACGAGCAGCUGGUCGACUACCUUAGUCGGGCAUGUUGCGGUGACUUGCGCUUCGGUAUGCGCAAUCUGCACUUCUUUUCGAGCGUGGACCGCAGCUCGCUACAAUCAGCGCAGUCUGAGAUGGAGGCGCUGCUGCAACACAUGUGCGAACGCAGCCCAACCAGCGCCGUGUUCAACGUGUUGGGUAAAGUGCUUGUGAACAAGCGCGUGCGCGCCAUUCUGCAACGGGACGCGAGUCCACUGGAUGAGGAAGACGUGUCGGCCUUGCAGUCAAGCGGUUCUUUGGGUGUGGAGCGCUUCAGGGAAUGCUUCGAGUUGUCACGUGGCGUGUACUGCGGCAACUUUGGGGAGGGAGGUGACAACAGCGGUAUAACCGAGGACUACUCUGAUGUGCUUGAAAUUUUGUCCACGAUAUCUGACGACCUCAUUUUAAUGCCGUCCAGGGUACUCGCGGUCGAGCCACCGUCUCAGGCAAGCGACAUCGACGAGGCCCUGAGCAGGUCGGUCGUAUGCGGCUACGGCAUUGUGCGACCGGGGUGCUUCGACGCUUCGUUACUGGGCGCUCUUCCAACUAGCGCGCGGUUGUUCGGGCUGAUCGAAUUAUACAAUCCGUCUCUCCCGCUCUCUAUGUGCCGUUGGCCGGUGAUUAUCGGCGCCGCGUCCGAGGAGCCAUCCCGGCAGCCAAGAUCAGCACAGCUUCCGUUGCUCACGCGGCCACAGCUCUACUACAACCCCGACGAACUGGUGGAUUCUGGGAACGUGGAUGCGUCGUUUCUGGUGGACAGCGUGUUUGAGAACUAUUCGCACUAUUUCGAGGACAUCGAUGACUGCGCGGUGCUGACGACACAUUUGUGUGAUGCGGACGUGACGUUUACUGGCUACCGCCAUUCCGGAGGAAUGCCCGACGACGGUUGGGAGCAGGCGCAAAGCACCUUUGCGUGUCUGUGUGCUCGAGCAGCCUGUUGCUGCAACUUGGGCGGGUCGGGUCGCCCGGCGAAUUUCCGGAUGUUCACCAAGGGCGUAUGGCAAUCGGAAUCCAUAAACGACAUGAACCACCUGAAGGCGCUAUACGACGGCCACCUGCGGGACCUCAUCGCCAGGGCGGACGGCGGCCACCCCCAGUGGCAUCUGAGCAGCGCUUACAUUUGCAAGAGCCGCGCGUUUGUGGAAAUAGUUCCGUUUAUGUAUAUACUAUUAUCGAACAGCUGUGACCCCAGCCCCCCAAACGUUCCGGAGCAGGACGCGCCGCUGCUGGAUUGGAGCCUGGGCUCGUCGAACGUGACAGAGUCUAUGCUGGAGCGGAUCGACAUGCUAAUGUCUGAGCCUCCCCACGCCACACCUCGCAACAAAGGCAACUCUUCUGCGGAUUUCAAGGCUGCGUUGUCGUCGUGUGGCAUUUUGGAGAGCGUAACUCCGAAGUUCAAGGAGCUCGUGUCAGAGAUCGGGAAACACUACGAGUGCAUUUCCGGGCGGCAGUGCCCGUCCUCCAGCGGCUGCUUGGACAUCGACCAAUUGCAGUAA